AUGUCAACCACAACCCUCCGAACCCGUCUCUCGCGCCUCUCCCUCCUCGACACCCCCUCCAUCUGCCGCCAAUGCCUCACCACCACUAAUACCCGUCAAUUCUCCACCACAAACCCACUCUCCUCAAAAGUCGGCUCUUCCCCACUUAUAAUCCCCUCAAACGUCUCAUUAAGCAUCUACACUCCUCCACCACCCCGUCAUACAACCCGUACCCUCCCCCCCAGAACAGUAACAGUCCAAGGACCCCUCGGCCAAGUCACAAUCCCCAUUCCACACUUCCUAAACAUCUCGAUCGCCACACCACCAAAAGACACAUCUCCUUCCGCGGAAGAAGCCAAAUCUUCAAAGGCAGUAAUCACAAUCAACGACCCAACUGAGAAACCCCAACGUCAGAUGUGGGGUACCGCUAGAGCAUUGCUCGCAAACAAUAUUUUGGGAGUAACGGAAGGUCACGCUGCACUCAUUAGAUUCGUGGGUGUGGGUUAUCGUGCUAUUGUUCAAGAAGGUUCGGGGAGGUUUAAUAAGGGUAGGAAGAUUGUUAAUCUAAAACUGGGUUAUUCGCACCCGAUAAUGUUACGGGUACCGGAUGGUGUUACAGCUUCGGCUCCUGUGCCGACGAGGUUGCUGUUGGAAGGAAUUAAUAAAGAAGUGGUGAAUAGUUUUGCGGCAGAGAUUAGGAGAUGGAGAAUUCCGGAACCGUAUAAGGGUAAAGGAAUAUUUGUGAAUGAUGAGACGAUUAAGUUGAAGGCAAAGAAGAUCAAAUAG